CUUUUUUUUUUUUAAAUGAUAAUAUUAAGAAUUAAAAAAUACCUCCAAUGUAAAACACACUUAUUAUCGAAAUAAAAUAUAAUUAUUAAGACUGAUAUUAUUUCGAAUAUAUUGAUGGAUAAUUUAUUUGAUAAAUAAAUUUAACUAUUACUUCAUAAUAUGCUAUUUAAGUAUAUUCAUAUAAAAAAUAUAAAAUCGCGUUAGUUAUCGUUGCAUCAUCAUGAUAAUUCGAUUGAACUGAAUAUAAGGUUUCGCAAAUAUGCGAAGCCCCAAGAUGACUAUAAAAACACUUGGAAAUUAUUCGCCAAUUCGUCACUUCUGAGCGAGAAACGUUGCUUUUUGCUUCUCAUCUCGGCUUCAGAUAUAAUUAUUUUAAUUUAAUAAUUUUACAAAUGUUUCCAAUUUUAUUUUUGGCCUAUGUUGUGGCAGUUAAAGUAUUUAAAAAAACAACACCAAAUGGAAAAGUUACAGUUUAUCUUGGUAAACGUGAUUUUAUUGAUCAUUUAGAUUAUGUUGAUCCAAUUGAUGGUGUUGUUGUUAUUGAAAAUGAUUAUUUACAAGGACGUAAAGUAUAUGGACAAGUCAUUACAACUUAUCGUUAUGGACGUGAAGAAGAUGAAGUUAUGGGUGUUAAAUUUAGUAAAGAAAUGACAAUAGCUAAAGAACAAAUUGUACCAGUUAAAAAAGAAAGACCAGAACCAACACCAACACAAGAAAGAUUAUUACGUAAACUUGGAACAAAUGCAUUUCCAUUUCAAUUUGUAUUUCCACCAACAGCACCAAGUUCAGUAACCCUACAACCAGGUGAUGAUGAUCAAGGUAAACCACUUGGUGUUGAAUAUACAUUUAGAAUAUAUGUUGGUGAAAAUGAUGAUGAUAAAGGACAUAAAAGAUCAGCAGUUGCACUUGCUAUUAAAAAAUUACAAUAUGCACCAUUAACAAGAGGUAGAAGAUUACCAAGUUCACUUGUAUCAAAAGGUUUUACAUUUUCAAAUGGUAAACUUAAUCUUGAAGUUACACUUGAUAAAGAAAUAUAUUAUCAUGGUGAAAAAAUAUCAGCAACAUUACUUAUUAGUAAUAAUUCAAGAAAAUCUGUUAAAAAUAUUAAGAUGUUUGUUGUACAACACUGUGAAGUUACAAUGGUUAAUACACAAUUUAGUCGUAAUAUUGCAAGUUUAGAAACACGUGAAGGAUGUCCAAUAACACCUGGUGCAAACUUUAGUAAAGAUUUUUAUUUAGUACCACUUGCAAGUAGUAAUAAAGAUCGUCGUGGUAUUGCACUUGAUGGACAUUUAAAAGAUGAUGAUGUUAAUCUUGCAUCAUCAACAAUGGUUGCUGAGGGUAAAUGUCCAGCUGAAGCACUUGGUAUUAUAAUAUCAUAUUCAGUACGUGUUAAAUUAAAUUGUGGUACACUUGGUGGUGAACUUGUAACAGAUGUACCAUUUAAAUUGAUGCAUCCAGAUCCUGGUGCAAGUGAUCGUGAUGCUAAAAUUAAAAAAGGAAAAAGUAUGGAUAGAGGAAGAAAUUAUGACAGUUCAUGUUAUGCUAAUGAUGAUGAUGAUAAUAUUGUUUUUGAAGAUUUUGCACGUCUUCGUUUAAAUGAACCAGAAUAAAAUGUUUUUUUUUUUUUUUUUCAUUUUAUUUUUAAAUAGAAAUAAUACAACAACUGUCUGAUUAUUUAAAGCAGGUCAAGUUAAUUUAUUUUAAAGUUUAAAAGCUCUUUUGAUAAUUUCAUAAGCUAAAAAAAAAAAAAAAAUUGUCAUAGUGCUUCUAAUCUUUUGAUAAUAAUUUAAAUCCUUUUUAAAAAAAUCAGAUUGUCGUUUAUUAUGACGUGCAUUAUAAAAAAUUUAUUUGAUGAAAUAAAUUAAAUUAAAAUUAGUUAAUAUCAAAUAAAAUAUCAGUGUAAAACAACUGCUCUGAUUUUAAUAAUAAAUAAAUAUGAAAAAUUGAUAAUUAUUUUUCAAAUUUAUUGUAAUUUCCAUUCGAUUGUGGUGGUCGAAUGGAAAUUCAUCAACAAAAUUUCAAAUUACAAUUCAAUAAUUCCCAUAUAUUUUAAUUAAUUUUAUUUCUUAUUUAAUUAAAAAUAUUGUUGUUAAUAAUUGUUAUAAAUUAAUUGCUUAUAUUGUUGAUUUACUGUAUGUUAUAAAAUAAAUUGAAGAUGGAUUAAAAAUAAAAAAACAAUCUUGUCUUAAUUAUAAA